UUUUUUUUGGGGGGGGGGGGGUAGAGGAACAUUCAUGUUAUCUUUAUUUCCUUGCAUUAUGAGGUUGGUUGAACCUUUCUUUCUACUUUCCCCAGGAUGAAGAAGUGACAUUUGACUACAACUAUGUCAGGGUUUUUGGUGCUGCUGCAAAAAAAUGUUUUUGUGGCUCACCUCAUUGUCAAGGUUAUAUAGGUGGUGAUCCACUCAGUGCUGAAAUCAUUGUUCAAGAUGAUUCAGAUGAAGAAUUUCCGGAACCUGUCAUGCUUACUGAAGGUGGUGAUAUUGAAGACGGGCCCGGUGGUCACCUGGAGAAGGAGAGUUCUCUAAACCCUCCCUGUGCUAGAUCUCAGCUGCACUGCUCAAUAAUAGUGGAAAAUUCUAAGGGCAAUUAUUCAUCUUCCAUUCACCUGGAGAAGGAGAGUUCUCUAAACCCUCCCUCUGCUAGAUCUCACCUGCACAGCUCAAUAAUAGUGGAAAAUUCUAAGGGCAAUUUAUCAUCUUCCAUUCAAAUGAAAGUACUUCCCCAGCAAACGGAGGAUGUAAUAAGCAAACCUACUCCUACCUUACAACAAGGAUAUGCAGUAGAAUCUGAGCAUUUUGGCAAAACUUUGAUUCAGAAUAUUGAGACUUCUUCCUCUUCAUCUGUUAGCAAAUCCAAGUAUGGAGUAAUUGAAGAUAGAUUUGGUCUUUCAGAACCUCAUCUGCUUGGGAAGGCUUCUCAAAUAAAUGGUUCUGUUAAAAAGGGAAGGGGGUGUGCUAACCCUACAAAUAACCUCAAAGUUGGAGUGACAACCAACAGAUCGCAGGUUCCAUCCAUCAGACAUAAAAAAGCAGUGGAAGGUUCUUCCAAUGGCCAUUUUGAAGCAGUUGAGGAGAAGCUUAAGGAGUUGCUAGAUCCAGAAGGAGGAAUUAGCAAAAGUAAAGAUGCUACCAAAGGCUACUUGAAGCUUCUGCUUCUUACUGUGGCAUCAGGUGAUAGGAGUAAUGUUGAAGCCAUUCAAAGCUGCAGCAACCGAGACCUUUCUUUGAUUCUUGGUGCCCUUUUGGAAACAAGAUCAAGAACUGUGCUGAAUGAUAUAAUUAAGAAAAAUGGUUUACGCAUGCUACACAACAUAAUGAAGCGAUACAGGCAGGACUUUAAAAAAAUUCCAAUUCUGCGAAAGCUUCUUAAGGUCUUAGAGCGCCUGGCAGAAAGAAAGAUUUUGACAUUUGAGCACAUUAAUGGCAGUCCCCCUUGUCGUGGAAUGGAGAGCUUUAGGGAGUCAAUGCUGUCCUUAACGGAACAUGAAGACAAAGAGGUCCACCAAAUUGCUCGGAGCUUUCGAGACAGAUGGAUUCCUAGAUCUUUCAGAAAACGUCGCUUUGUAAACAGGGAUGACUGUGGGGUGAAAUCUUAUAGGAAUUUCAAACGCAACCGAUAUUCAGCAUUGCUGAACCAUGCAUGUGACCAGAGUUUGAGACCUACUAAAGGAAUAGAUUGUGCCCAGCUGCCUUUGGUUGAAACAAGUUCAGUCAAUGUUGUUGCCCAGAGGGGCUGCUCUGCACCAUCUCUGAAUGGGUGUGAAACCAGUGGGCGAAUGAGACGUAAACGUAAAAGUCGAUGGGAUCAACUAGCGGCGACCAAUUCAGUUGUAGUGUCUUCUGAGAGCAAGGAAGGAAAUGUUGUCUCUAAGCAGUCAAAGCAAGCUGAUGUUGUUAUUAAUGCUUUUGAUAGUGGACAGAAUAUUUCUGAAGAUGCUCCGCCUGGGUUUUCCUGUUUAUUCCAGCCCUUGGGUUCUUCAAAUGCCUCACAGAACUCUGGUGUUCUUGCUUUGCAACAUCCGGGCCAUUCUGGUUCUAGACAUCCCUCUGAUGCGGUUAUAGGUUAUCCGAGGAAAAAAUUUAAUUAUCGCUUGCCUGUCUCAUAUGGAGUUCCAUGGCCUGUUAUCCAACAUUAUGGAACACCUCACGUGGAAGAUGAAGGCAAAUGGGUCACUGCACCAGGCAUGCCUUUCUAUCCGUUUCCUCCACCGCCCCAAUAUCAACCCCAGAAUGACUCUCAAUCUUCUAAGUCUACUGAUGCUAUGAAAAUAGAUCAGCCUGCAAAAAUUGUGAAGCGAGAUUCUAGUGGUCUAGUUAAUUGUUACUCGGAUGAUAUGGCUCCCAGCACAACUGGUCUUGAUGCUAAAGACCUUUCAUAUGAGGAUAAUAACCACAUUUCUGAACCAUUGAAGGGCUCUCCUAAUGAGUUGGGCAAGAGUUACUUCAGGCAACAAAAAUGGAAUAAAUCAAAAAUACCUCGACCGUGGUCCAGGAGGAAAUUCUGGAGUUAUAAUGAGAGCAACUCUGGGGGUGGUAUGGGCAAUAUAGGUGUAGUAGAUGUACCAGAGGAUGCAAUUUGUAGAGGGAGAUGACAACAACAAUUGAUAGCAUUUACAGCAGCUGAUCCAACAUUAAUCACAGGGACCCCCUACCCUUCUUUUCACACAUUAGUUAAUCCUUCUGUUCCUGAAUAUAGGUAUAGAUCCAAUGAAAAACUCAUUCAAUUCCA